GAGUGCCGGGCGAUAGCGGAGUAAGGGGUAGUGAAACAGCAGACGAUUUGGCUGUGAAGUCUAGAGAACUGCCAUCAAUAAAAUUAUUUAAUACGGAGCCAUUCGUAGCACUGUGGAACAUCGAGACGGCCGAUAAGACGACGAAAAUCUUAUGGGGAGAUCCGGAUCGUGAGUAGACGAGGCUAUUACUGAAAGGAAAGUAAAAAAACUACGAGCAUUUGGGGAAUAUGAUGAGACGUUGAAACAUUUCAUAUGUCAUUGCCCGGUUUUCGAGGCUGAAAGAGAAUAAGAGAUUUUGAUGUUUCACCCAAAACUGAUGAUUAUGUGUACAUGUGACGCAUACACCUAUGUUUUCACCAAUACUAUUGCAAUGACAUUACAUCAGAUGUGCCAUGUAAACGGGCCGGACAGUGUUCAAAACAAAAUUAAAAAAGAGAAGAAAAGUAUGGAAAAUUAAAUAAACCAAAGAAAAAGUUGAUGCACUUCUUUGACAAAAACGGCACGAUGUGCCGUAUUAAUACCCUAUUACAAUAAGCACACAUCAAACGAUAAAAAACAGAGCAUAAUGUCGACUUCGACUUUUCGAUUUUUCUCAUUAAUAGUCGAUUAAUCGAUUAGUUGAAAGUCGAUUUAUGGAUCCCUAGUGGCGGUUGCGGUUUGGCGGUUGUGUGAACAUAAAGCAGAAAUGCGAAAGUAGACGCAGGACAUAAAGAAUUUUUUAAUAAUUAGUCUCUUCGAUCUUUCGUUAAUUGCACCUAAUUCGUCCAUACAAAAUAGUGAGUGAGCUUUGGAUUAAAAAAACCAUCCAGUGUCUUUUAAUUAACAUUCAGUGAAACAAAAAAAAAAAAACAAAAAAACAUGACUUCAACAGAAACUUCAGCCACAAUGACCACUAACUCCCGUCCAUCCAGCCGCGUUCUAAAACCUCCAGGUGGUGGCCAUUCGAAUAUUUUCGCCGAGCCCGAUGUGAGUGUCAAUGCCCCACGUCCUAAAUACAAUCAACAAAACUCUUCCAACCUUAAUGCAUGCAUGGGCUCCACCGAUCCUAAUGUGGUUGUCGAGAAAUUGCGCGAGGAAGUGCAUCAUAAAAAGGAAACAAUUGAAACGGCCAAAGUGGAAAAAAAUGAAACUAAAACUGCAUCCAAUGGUGCUUCCAGUGAUGCGGGUGGUGCAGCAGCUACAGCCAAUGCCCGAACUCGUGUGCCUCCCGGUGGAUUCUCAUCGGGCAGUUUCUGGUAAGGCCAACAAAAUUGAUGCUUACAACAACAACAACAAGUCGUAACAUUAUACGCUUUCAUUUGAUUUGGAAAGGGAACCAAACGCAUUUAUAAUAUAAAUAUAUAAAUCUUAAAACUACUAAAAUGAAACUUUGCCUAUUUAUUCUCUAAACAACAUCCAUGUCCUUUACGAAAUAUAUUUUGUUUAAAGCAAGAAAAUGAAAAACAAACAACAAAAAAAAACAUGUUAUACGUUUCCUUAGUUUUAAGUCAUUUUUGUAAUGUACUUCUGUUCUUAACAUAACAACUUUUGGACAAUUUAUCUGUUUUAGCGUUUAGUUUCUUCUUAUUUUUAUUAUCGUUUCUCUUCAAAACUGAUAUGAGUAUUAUUAUUUGUUUUAGAAUCUAUAAUAUUCCUUUAUCUUUAACUAUUGUAUCAUCGAUGGACUCUACUAUCAACCUGUUUUAAGUUUUUCUUUUUUUUUUAUUUGUGUGUAACUUUAUAUUAAAGAUAAAACAA